GAGCCGAAGGCAAUACUUAAAAGACAUCUUCAGCCUCCUCUCCACCUCCAGCACAUCCAUCGGUACUCGUUCAUGGGAAAGUGGCAGUGAUCAUCACUUACAUAGGCACGGUAACCGGUUGCCGUCACCGUCGGCCAUGGGGUACAACCACCCCAGCCACCCGAAGCAUGCGCUGGUGAUUUGCGCGAAGGGCGACUACGAGCAAGCCCAUUGCACGGCCUGCAACGCCAGGUGCACCGGCAUGACCUAUGGCUGCAAGGAAUGCAACUUCUUCAUCCACUAUUCCUGCCUUGACCUCCCUGGGAAGGUCUCGCACCCCAGCCACCCUACCCACCCCCUCGGCCUCAUCUCUGAGCCUGCCCCCUUCACCUGCGCCGUCUGCCUCACCCAGCGUGGCGGCUUCCGCUUCCGCUGCCUCGACCCGGCCUGCUUCUUCACCAUCGAUGUCCGCUGCGCCUUACCCUCCCCCCUGAUCGUCCUCCACAGUCACCGCCACCUCCUCCGUUUCUUCGACCAGGUAGGCGGGGAGACGGUUGAGCCUCGUCUGUGCGACACUUGCCACCAGCCUUGCCAAUCGUCCGUCAUGUGCUGCCUGAAGGUGGACUGCCACUUCGCCUUGCACUUGCUGUGUGGGUGCUCGUCGUGCCUAUUCCAGCACCCAUCCUGCCACCGGGAACUGCUCAAGCUCAGGGCUCCGAUGAAGCAAGAGGAGGAGGAUGACAACAACGACAACGACUUAGUUGAAUACUGUAAAGUUUGUGAUGAGGAAAUAGAAGCUCCAAUUCCGGUUUUCCAUUGUGACCGCUGCAAGUACAUUGCUCAUGUGAAAUGCUUAUUCUCACAGGCAAAGCGUGUAGGGAUGAAGUUGAAGAUUGCAUCUACAGAAGCACAAGAUGGUGAGAAAGAAGUUAAGUUAGAUACUGAGGAGGAGAAAGAGCACGUUCGAACAUUUGGAGAUUUUGUUAAAUCUUUCAAAUAUAGGGAAAAAUCGGAAUUGGAGGAUGUCUGCAAAAAAAGAGUGGCAGAAAUUAUUAAAGUACUAGCCUGGCGAAAGAAUGUCGAGUGUAGCUUUAGCAAUUCAAAUUCACCCUUUCUGGACGAGGCGUUCUUGGAGUUCAGGAAUAAUCUUCAACUUGGCAUCGAACACUCUACUUCGCUUGCAGUGGCAUCUGAAAAUGACAGGAUUGUUGAGAUGGUAGAGUAUAAGGUGACCCAGAAGCUGGCACCUGUCCUAGAAGAGGUGUUCGCAAAUUACGGAGAUGUUAGCGCAGAAGCCAUAAUUAGUUCAAAGGCGAAGAACAUGGUCUUCAUCAUGUUGUGCGGCACCAUAUACAGCAUGGCCACUACCAAAAUAGCCGAUGUCUCAGAGAGUUUGCUAUACAACUGGUGGAAGUACAUUAUUUUCGUGCAUCUGUCAAAGUUCAAGAUCCAGUUUGCCAUUGAUCGGUUGAAAGUGGUCAUGCGUGCUCAUUACAAUCUCCAGGAUAGGAACAACUCCGUAGCGAAAACAGAAAAAAAGAUCACGGAUCUUUCUGAGGAGAUCAAGGUAAAUAAGAAGAAGUUGAAGGAAUUGGAAACGAAAUUGGAGAAAAAAAAAAUGAAGGUAAAGCGGGAAAGGGGAGAGCUUCCAGUGGAUGAAAACCUAAUGGAAGCAUAUUCAAACAACGCAUCAGCUUGGAAAUGGGAACUGUGAGCAAACUUAAAACUUCGCCAGAUGAGGAGUAAAAUUUUCUCUGCAUUCUGAAGUGUCUUGCAGAUCCACCCGUUCGGAGUCUAUUAAUACGCUGGAGACCAUAUAUUGUGCAUGACUUUGACAACUAUGGCUGCUACAGUAGCAGCAUGGUUUUUGUAGAAAGCAUUGUCGUACGUAGAUUUCAUAAUGUGAGCCUGUGAGGUGCGUGGAGCUCAGUGGUUCUGGUAUGUACAUUAUAGUGUAAAACUGUGAUAUGAAAGACACCAUGGAUAAA